AUGCAUCUUCUCCAUGUCUUUAUCGCUAUCUGGUUCCUGUUGGUGGCUUCUGUAGCAUCUCAAGAGGCCCCUAUUUGGGUUCAAGGUGCUCUUGAAGACGCGACUGCAACUGACGAUGCCUUCAACACAGGCGGGACAAUUGUCGUCAAUGGCUUUACCGUCAAUGUGCCAAAGAACCUUCUGGUACAGUUUCCAGCUGCCUGGGUGCCCUGGAAAGAGUUUGUCGCCAAUAAGGCGGAUUUCACCGGAUAUGAGACUUUGGUCAUUGGAAAUAGCAUCAACGGAGAGCCUCGUGUUGCUCAAGUCCAACUCUACGAAUUUUUCGAAGGGUUGAGCAGUGGCUUUGUUGAGUCUGUAGACUUUGCGGAUGGAAGUCUCAAGAUCCAGAACGGGCCAACCGUCAGGAUUUCAGACCCGAAUGCUGUUUUCUCAAAGGGCUAUACCGGCGCGCCGUUGAUGACUGCGGAUGAUCAGAGUCCCAGUAUCACGUCUUUCUCGGGGUUUCCCAUGUGCAUUCCGCGCAAUGGGACUGAUCCUCUCUGUCCUUUGAGCAACCGACCUUUUGUCGGGCCGGGCACCUUUACGGCACCUGACCCAGUUGUAAUGGCUCCAUUCCAAGCCGGCGAUUUCAUCACCUUUUCCGGGUUCCGUCGAGGCGCUGAGGUCAUUGCCUUCAGUAUUGUGGCGCAGAACGUGCAGAUCAAUACUCUCGGCGAUGUCGUCUACGUGAGAAUGGAACUUGGUCUGCUAGGAAUUGACAACCCAAAUCCCAAUGCUGAAAUUGCGGAGUCUCGAUUCAUCGGCUUUGUCUCCAACAACCGUGCCACAGUCUCUCUGUACGCGAUGGACGUUGAUCCCUGUACAGGCGCGACUACCGACCGCAUCAUUGCCUCCAUGGGACUUCGCGGUGGCCGUAAUGCUCAGAACAAGUUUGAAUACCGCAACAACAUCCUCUUCAGGUAUACCCGAGAGUACCGAGUCACCGCUGAGAUUGAUGGAGUGGCCAAGACCCGCGUGACCAAGAACGGAAUCACUGCCGGGACAUACGUCCAGCCUGUCAACGUGUGGGUCCCCGGAGAGCAAGAUGUGCCUGGUGUUCCGCCAGUCUCAUACGACUUCUCUCAGAUGGAGUUCCUGACGAAGGGCGUCGGCGCUGACGAUGAUGGCAAUGUUUGGGGUCCCCUCGAACCAUUCCCUCAAACCGGCGUGCUCAUUGAGCCUCCCGUCUGCGCUGCAGCUCGGGGCUUGGAGUUUGAGAAGCGAGGCCAGAUUGGCAGAUGGUAUGGCCGAGCUCGCGCGGAUGCAAUCUCCCAGGCAGAGAAUGUUGAUACCACUGAGGCCUUUGUCAACAUUGCUCCUGAUGAGGCUGCAGCGAUCGCGGAGAAGAAGGCCGAGGAAGAAGCUAUCAACGGGUCUCCUUGA